ACGCCGGCGGCGCGCGCCGAGGCGGGCGCAGAGCGGCGGCGGCGGCACCUCCGGCUCGCGCCGUCCCUCCGGCAGCCCCGCGCGCCCGGGAUCGUCCAUGGGGCGGAACGGCGCCCGCUGAGGGAGGAGGGGACGGGGAGCAGCGGGAGUCGGUGCCGGCCGCCAUGCAGCAGGUCUUAGACAACCUUACCGAUCUGCCGACAUCAACAGGCGCUGAAGAAAUAGACCUGAUUUUUCUUAAAGGAAUUAUGGAAAACCCUAUCGUAAGAUCACUUGCUAAGGCUCAUGAGCGACUGGAAGAUUCUAAACUUGAGGCUGUCAGUGACAACAACCUGGAGCUGGUGAAUGAAAUUCUUGAAGACAUCAGUCCCUUAGUAAAUAAGGAUGAAAAUGUUGCAGAAUUGGUUGGAAUACUCAAGGAGCCUCAUUUUCAGUCACUCUUGGAAGCACACGAUAUUGUUGCUUCAAAAUGUUAUGAUUCCCCUCCUUCUAGCCCAGAAGUCAAUAAUUCUUCUGUGAACAACCAGGUUGUUCCAGUAGAUGCUAUUCGUAUCCUUGGAAUUCACAAAAGAGCAGGAGAGCCACUGGGAGUCACGUUCAGAGUGGAGAACAACGAUCUGGUAAUAGCCCGAAUUCUUCAUGGAGGAAUGAUAGAUCGGCAGGGUCUUCUGCAUGUAGGGGACAUUAUUAAAGAGGUGAAUGGCCACGAGGUUGGAAACAAUCCAAAAGAAUUGCAAGAACUGCUGAAAAACAUCAGUGGAAGUGUGACUUUGAAAAUUCUCCCCAGCUACAGAGACACUGUCAUUCCUCAACAGGUUUUUGUGAAGUGUCAUUUUGAUUAUAAUCCAUAUAAUGACAACCUCAUCCCAUGCAAAGAAGCAGGUUUGAAAUUUUCUAAAGGAGAAAUUCUUCAGAUUGUAAACCGGGAAGAUCCAAAUUGGUGGCAGGCUAGUCAUGUCAAAGAAGGAGGAAGUGCAGGUCUAAUUCCUAGCCAGUUCCUGGAAGAGAAGAGAAAGGCUUUUGUUAGGAGGGAUUGGGACAACUCAGGGCCUUUCUGUGGAACAAUAAGCAGCAAAAAAAAGAAAAAGAUGAUGUAUCUCACUACAAGAAAUGCAGAAUUCGAUCGCCAUGAAAUCCAGAUAUAUGAGGAAGUGGCCAAAAUGCCUCCUUUUCAGAGGAAAACCCUGGUCUUGAUUGGAGCCCAGGGAGUGGGGCGAAGGAGUUUGAAGAACAGGUUUAUUGUGCUGAAUCCUACUAGAUUUGGAACUACAGUGCCAUUUACUUCACGAAAGCCAAGGGAUGAUGAAAAAGAUGGGCAAGCAUAUAGAUUUGUGUCACGAGCCGAAAUGGAGACGGAUAUUAAAGCUGGCAGAUACUUAGAGCAUGGAGAAUAUGAAGGAAAUCUUUAUGGCACCAAAAUUGAUUCCAUCCUUGAAGUUGUUCAGACAGGAAGGACCUGCAUUUUGGACGUAAAUCCACAGGCUCUAAAAAUACUGAGGACUUCAGAAUUCAUGCCCUAUGUGGUGUUUAUUGCUGCUCCAGAGUUGGAGACUUUGCGAGCUAUGCACAAGGCUGUGGUAGAUGCUGGAAUUACAACCAAACUUCUCACUGACACUGAUCUGAAGAAAACAGUGGAUGAGAGCGCCCGGAUCCAGCGAGCCUACAACCACUACUUUGACCUGACCAUUGUAAAUGACAACCUGGACAAAGCCUUCGAGAAGCUGCAGACGGCCAUCGAGAGACUGAGGCUGGAGCCCCAGUGGGUCCCCAUCAGCUGGGUCUAUUGAGCUGUUCCAACUGGAGCUGAAGUAACAAAUAAAGUCAGCAGCAGCAAAUGUGAUGUGUAGAUACUGGUGAUAACCUACAGCACCUGUGCAUUUUUACUCUGUGUAUAUUCAAAAGUACACUGUUCUGAAUUUUUAUAAAAAUGUUGAAGAGAAAGUGUACUUAAAUAUGUAAUUUAUUUUAAUUUUUCUAACUUUUUACAGAUAACCUUUCUAUUCAUAUCACAUGAAGGAAAUGCGUUUAAGCAUUUUUCUAUGUUUUGAUUUAGUAUCUUUGCCUUUUUCAUCUAAGAAACUUUCAUUCACUUCAACAUUUACAUCUUGGUCUUACAUUUUCACUGUGAUUAAAAAAGGAUACUUGAAACAAUUUUUGUAAAAUUUGUUAAUGUUAGUGUUUAACUGAUCAAAAGUCUAUAGCUCUUAUUCGGAAAGAACACUAAUUUCUUUGAGGUUUUUUUUUCUUCAAAAAAUAAUAAUUUCAUGGGAGCAGAAUUUUAAAUAUUAAAAGCAGUAACAAAAACACAGGUCCAUUGCUCCAGCUGCUUUCAGCUUAAUGUUGGUGCAUUCCUGAUGUUUCAAAAGUUCUUGAUAUCUCUUGAUUUGUAUAACUUUUGUGUAGAUUCCCUUAUAUCUGUCUCCUAAAAUAACAUAGAGCAAUACCUUGCAAACUGCUUAUUAUGCUUUCUUGGGAGCCAACCUGUUAGCCCAUUACAGUUGAAGUACUGACACUAGAAAGUCAUACGCAAGGUAAUUCAGUGCAAUUUGAAUAAUGGUGAAGUAGCUUGAGAGAGAACCUGAUAAUGUGGAGCCUUGUAGGUGACACUUAAUGUUUAGGACUAUUUAUUCACGCUUGUGAAAACACAUUGCUUAAAAAAAAAAGAAAAAAAAGGCAUUUUCUUUUCUUAGGACAUUGUUCUGUAUUUGUGUAGUGAUCUGUGGCUUCAUUUCCUGUGAUGUCUAGCUGGGUUCUAAAUUAUCUUUUAAAUAUUUGUGUGUGAUCAACUGCUGUAUUUUGAGUGUUGUGUAAUGGCAUUUCUGUGCUUUUUCUUACAUUGUUUUUAAUUGCAUUUUUCAUUAGAGAGUUUGUGAAUUGGAAGCUUACUGCUAAAAAGCAAUGUUGUUUAUAGGUUUUUUCAUUUACAGUGUAUUUCCUUUUUAGUGACAAUUCUCCCCUCAGUACGCUCAUUGAUAUGAUUCGUAUUAGGUUCAGGUUCAUUGAUCAAAACUUAAGCUGAUGUAAAUUUCUGCUUAAUGAGAACAGAAGGAAAAUACAGCUUAUUGCUCUGAUGAGCUCUUUUUGUGACCAUGUUUUCUAUGACAUUGUCAGCUGUUGUAUAUAGUCACAUUCACUAUCACAUACUGAGUUAGGUGUCUAAACUGAAGUCAUCUGUUUAAUUCCGCUUCCAUCUGGUGACAGGCACCUGGCUUCUGGAUUCCUUUUCAACACCAAAGUGUGACCCAGAAUGCUAUCACAAAAGGCAUCUUCCUCAGAACUAUUUCUGGAGGAAGACAGGCUUAGACACUGUAAAACAGCAUUGCUUCCUGUGGCUCUCAAAAGACUUAUGUGCACAAGGAAAGGAAAAAAAUGAGUGGAUGCAGUAGAGGAAGCCUGUUUGAAAAAACCUCAAAACACCUGUAUGCAACAGAUGGUUUUUACACAGCCUGUAAAGUUGUUGUGGGGGAAGAGGGACAGAGGAGACUUGAAAUCCCAGUGUGUGUGUAUGGAAAAUGUUAGUUAAACUUGUGAGACAGGAGAUCUUCUUGGCUUUUAAUACUGAGAUUUCAAAAUGUGUUUCAGAGGGAAUAUGAAAUUCUCUAAGGAAAAUUUGUACCACUGCUUAUUUAUUAUUAUGCUUUUCAGGAUGUGUUUUCUCUCUCUCUCUUUUUUUUUUUUUUUUUAAGUUUGGCAGAGCUCUCAGUUGUGGUACCAGCAUGGGACUUGUAGUUGUCUUUCCCAGGAGACAUGUUCUGUGAUCCUAUUGCUCAGAGGCUGCUUUGAGAAGUGGAUGCGGUGUUGUGUGUAGCAGCAAAUGAUAGCAGGGCUGUUGCUUGGCUAUUUCAGUGGUUUGCUUUUGGCACUCUGAACUGUUUGUGUACUGUGUCAUGAGAGACCCCCAUAUGUUGUAAAUAAGAUAAGCUGUCUGGACAGAUAAGAUGCCUUUUCAUUAUGAGUUAGAAAUAUACCCUUAUUUCUGAUGCCAGAAGUGGGCUGAGUUUACUCUUCCCCAAUGAAUGGAAUGAGAAGAUUCUUCAGUUUACAUACCCCACUACUUCAUAUUGCAAACAUCACUUAUUUUCAUCUUUUUUCUGUAAAUUUACUGAACCAAACACAUGAAACACAGCCACCAAGGUGUAGUCAGGAAAGCUUCUCUCUGCUCAUUCUGUUUCCAUCCCAGGGAGAAUACUGUCAAAGAGAGUCUCCCUAGUUAGCAAUCUCCAGAAUAGUCACAUAUUUGCUAAAGCCUAAAGCUUUAAUAUUUGCUACAGGUUCAUACUGUGGGUUUAAAUCAGGAGGUAGAGCAUUGUGGCUGAGCUUUGGGUGGUGGUGGUGGUGUAGAUGGCAGUGAGCAAUUCUGCAGUGCAGUUCUGAAGCAGUAAGAGAAGGUGACUUGCUUGGAUUGGCACAAAGAUCAUGUGGAAGUAUCUGCAGGUCUGAUGUGGUUGUCUGUGUGGCAGGUUGGUGGGGGGGAAUGACCCAAAACCAAACACCACACCCCUUGCAUCUGUUUGUUACAUCUUAAGUGUUCAUAUUGGAUUGUUUAAUGGUAAGAGGGGGAGAGAGAUUGCUUUGUUUCUUCAUGGUAGUUUUGGGUUUUGGCACAGUCACAUUUUCAUCAGAUACUUUGCUUAGUUUGUCCCCACCUGGUAGAAUGACUGGAAUGAGAAUAACAGUUACUACUUUUUAAAAAGAAUGUUCUUGGAGGUUUUUGAAAUGCUGCUGUUGUUUCAGUCACAUCCACAGCAGUGACAGUCCCUACCUGCCAGGGUGUGCUGCAUCAGCUGUUGGACAGGGGCCUGUACAUUGUGCAAUUAGGGGAGAAGACACUAUGAGAGGUUCAUUUUGAGCAAGUCAAAACAUUUCAUAAAACACCUGUUUGGUGUAUUUUGGAGGAGUUAAAAUAACUGGGAUUUCAUGUUAUCUCAUUCUGUACUAAACAUUCAUUUUCCAGAUACUAACAAGAAAACUUUACAUUGACUGUUAAAGAGUACAAUAGGUGUGUCUGAGCGAGGUGAAGAUGCUGCUAAAUGUUUAAGAUAUGUGGUAUGUAUCACAAGAUAAAUAUUUAAGUAGUUUAGAAAAGUAAAUUAUCAAAUAGUUGUCUGUGUAUAUGUAUGUGGAUGGUAAAACAAAAAAUGCUCAUGUUGGUUAUCACAUUACUAAGCUACCACGACUUAAUCCAGAAAUGUUACCUGCAUGUGAGACUUUAGAACUGGUACACUUCUCUACCUGGUUUAUUGUGUUUACUAAUGUAUAUUUUUCUAAAUAUACAGAUAUUUCAAUCUAAAAAAAAAAAAAUCUAUAUUUAUCUGUAAUUUCUAUCUGUUUUGGACAGUGCAUGAGGUGCUGUAAAAUUCUGUACAUAUAGAGACUUAUAGAAGAAACACUGUAGUUGCCCCGUGAAUGAAAAGUUACACAUAGAAGUACAGUCAGUAUGCCACGACCUGUAAGUUAUUUCCCUGAAUUCACCAAAAAAUUCACUUAAGCUUGCACCAGACUCAGCUCUCCUGUAAAUACUGUGGUGCAUUGUGUACCCAGGUGAUGACCUUGCUGUCUCUAAGUGUUACAGCAGGUCUGCUUUAGGUUCUGCAUCAUGUGACAAGAUGCAGUCCAAGUUUAGUGGGAUAAUUAUAAUGGAAUACGUCAUCUACAUAGAUUUAUAAAUGUCUUUCAAAAUGGUCUGCAAACCUUUGCAACGAAGGUAAACAUGGAGCAGAAUCACAGAUCUUGGUAGGCAAGGAAAAUCAAGCUCAUAACCAACACAGUAUCUGUGACUUGUGCCGUGUUCUCGGCUCAGAGCAGCUCUGUGUACUUAGUUGUACAAAAGCUUUGUGGAGCAGGAUGGCAGAUCAGCUCAUUGCUUUUGAAUUUCUGUUUAUAUAAACUGUCACAUCUUGGCUGAGCUCAAAUUGUGAUAUUUUUUCCUUCAUCCUCUCUAGUCACUGCAUCUUCUAAAAUACCUAAGUGACUUGCUUACAAAUUGCCUGCAGCUCAGUGCUCAGGAAGUCACCUGGGUUUGGUUUUGUUUUUUGAAGAGGGUGAUUCAGCUAAGAAAUAGGAAACUUCUUUCUUUGAAACACAGAAAAUCCCUGGCUAGGUACCCCCCUGAGCCCAGUGGGCCUCUGCUAUGCCCAAGGACCAGUGAAGAGCGAUCAAGCAGAGCACUCCAGAGAUCAGGAACUGGGUUCUUACCUGUCCUUAUGCAUGAGCCAAUCUUGUGAACAUCAACUCCCUUCACCUAUCCCAUGGUUUCCCAUCCAGGCUUCCUGUAGCUUGCUUCUCUGCUCACACUGAACCUUGAGGCCAUGUCCCAGUGCAUGGACAGUGCCUCCUGCAGCAGCUGCCCCGUUGCCCAUUGUGCCUGUGGGUGCAGCUCUGGGCUAACCAACAGCUGGGGCUCUGUUGUAUGUCUGCACAUCUGUUUGGGCUGUUUGCUUCAUGCGGGGUUCCCUGCCUCACCCAAAUUCCAAAGAGUUCGAGUACCACAUGGUUAUUGCCAAACUUCAUGAUGCUACUUUGCAGAAGUGAUGAGAUCGUUUUAUUGGUGUCUGUGUGGUGAGUACUGGAUCAAAGACUCCUUAGUCUGCUGGGCCUCUUGCCUUAAAUACCCUCAGCUCCCAGCACCCUCCUCUCCCUGCAAUAAAAACCUCUCCUGGGCCACUGAAAGGGUUUCUAUCCUUAAGGGUACUUUAAUUUCCUUCUCUGCUGGACUCUUGUGACUGACAGUGCUGAAGUGAAGUCCUGGCCCUUCUUUUUUUUUUUUUUUCCCCUUGGGUUUCUUCUUUUUUGGCCUGUACUUUUAGUUUUCACAUAUGUUUAACAGGCUUGCUGAUGGGAAUUGUCUGGGAUUUUCCACUUGUGUCUUAUAGAGGAAAUAGUAGUUAACAAGAACAUCAGUAUUUAGGACUUGUGUAACUUACUGGUUUUAGGCCCAAGACAGAUCCUAAAAAUAAAAAUAGAAAACACUUGUAAAAUAAUCAGUUCUGGUUAUUUUUAUAGGCAGCUUUUCCUUCUAAUCAUAUUAAAAGUGUGCUUGUGCCCACACACACAAACACCCAUAAAUAUAUAUAAACACAAACACCCAUAUAUAAAUAAAACUUCGGGGUAAAUGCUGCAAAUAUUUCAGGCAGUGUCUGCUAAAUUACCUGAAUUCUCUGCAGUGGGAUAUGAUUCCACAGUUACGUUGUCAACUGCUGGAUCCUCAGUUCUGAACUGCAGCUGGGAUUUACUGGUACAGGCCUAAAAACAAACCCCAGCUUGGUGAAGGCUGUUAUGUAGCUUCACCUACAAAUGGAAUUUAUUCAGCAGGGGUUCAGCAAUAUUUGUAUUUUAUAGAAUAAACGACACAUGAAGUAAAUUAAUUUUUUUCUUGGUACUUGGAACUGUUUGUUAUGCUCAUUGGGUAUGGAGUUCCUUUUGCUGCUAGGACAGUGGUCAGGUAACAGAUUUAAGUAGUCCUGGAAACACUUUCUCCCAUUUAGCCUUUUCCUUUUUAUGUCACCAGCUCCAUGCUAAUGCUUUUCCAUGCAAUUUUGGUUGCUCUCCUGGCUGAGCUAACUGUUGGUUACUCCACAAGCAGCCAACAUUUAACUGAAUUCAUCAGAGCCUCUUCCAAAAACCCAAUCUCUCUGUUACCUGACCUCUCACAUGAUCCAUAGCAUAAAGCAAAAUGAACAGUGCUGCUUUGUACAGGCAAAAAAAGGUUUUUUUUUGUUGGCUUAGGUACACAAUUUUGUGUGGAGAUAACUGUUGAAAUAUAGUUUCCCCCUAGGACAAUGAAUGUUGAGCAUCCCUUCCCCACCCUCCAUGUGUUGCCCAUGUGUAACAUUUGUGCACUGUGGUGUAGGGAGGGGAACUGCUUCUGUGGGGUUUAAAACACAAGAAAGUUGCUGCUCUCUGCCCCCACACCAGGCUAAGAACUCAAGGAUCUUGGUUGUGUUUGGGUUUAAAUGUGUAUUAGAACUCUGUUACCAGGUGUUUCCUUACCUUGCUUUUUCUCACAACUGGUUUUGCCAGUUGGAAGGUCUCAUGGUUUUCUGUUUUGUAGGGUUUUUUUUUAUUAUUUCUACAGUAUAUUAAAUUAACCUGGAUUUGAAUUUGUAAAACUUUCAAAACUGCUCUCCUGUAAAAAACCGUUUCUUUAGCUGAAAACUUCCUACAAGAAAAAUCUUAACCAUUAGCUGAAUUUUUUAACAUAAACCUGGAAAUUAUUUAGUACCUAAUUGUUUGAAUACAGUACUGUAGAGCAGGCCUAGGAUAUGGGACUUGUGUUAGCAUUGUGACUUCAUACUGAUAAAGUCAGCUACUGUGUGGGAUGUUUUUAAAUUGUGACUUGUUUUCUAAGACCCUCCCGCCUUGUCUUUUUCACAGCUAAUAUUUUCACAAUAAACACAGCCAAACAUAAAAUGUUGAUGUACAAAUGAUGAAAUUCUGUUAAUUCCCAACAAAAUAUUUUUGUAUAUAAUAAAGAUUUAAUAUUGAAAAAAUGUAA